AUGAAACGAUCAUACCCCUAUACCGGACCACAAGGCGGUCAACAAGCGCCAAUCAACAAUGCCGGCGGUACUGGUAUGGCAAGUCAAAUAAGCUCAGCAACAGGUGCGGAUUACAGUGGCUAUGGCUACGGAGCGCCACAAGCUAAUUCUAAUGCUGGUACUUCUGCCAAUGACGCUCAACAAGCAAGAUGGCAUCAACAAUGGCAACAAUAUUAUGCUCAACAAGCUGCAGCUUCAUCAAAUGUUGGAGGAAAUCCACCUAUGCAAGCCCAACCUCAAUCCCAGAUGGCCCCGCCGCCCCAGGUACAAGGAUACGGAUAUAAUGCUGGACAAGCUGCACCGCCUAUGCAGCCUCAGCAACAAUCGCCCGCAGCUUAUUACGGUCAAUAUUCACCUCAACAAGGAAACGUCAAUUCGACAUCUUAUGGUUGGAAUCAGCCUGGAUAUGGGCAACCACAACCUCCAAAUGCAUACAUGAAUGCUGCUCCUCAACCCUCUGCACCUGUGCAAGCCGGAUAUUACGGUGUUGCUUCAUCUCCACAGCCUGGCCCGGCAGCAAAACGGGCUCGAGUAGAUAAUGGACAUGGUGGUAUUCCAUCUAGACCACCUCAAGGCAGAUCGAUGGGUCAUGGUGCUCCACCUGCUCAAAGGGCACCUUCUGCCACUCAUCAUCCUAUCCCUGGUCGUCCUGCCGUUCCGCCGCAUGCAGGUGGACCUUCAAAUAUGGCAGGUCCAAUGGCAGGUGGUCCGUCUCGAUCGUUCAGCAAUAAUUCUGGACAGAAAGGAACACGCUCUCAGCAGUGGCAAGCUGCUAAUCGAUCUGGCGGAGGCAGGAAUAGCGGUGGAAGUCACAGCAACAAUUCAUCAUCGUCUGGCAGAUUUAAUGGACCUAUGGGUGUAAAUGCGGUCGGACCAGCAGCAGGUAUGUCUAGACCUGGCUUCGGUCAAGGUCAAAGGAAUCAACAAAUGCGUAAAUCUGGACCUGGAUCAUCGCGAAAUCCAUCAGGAGCACAUGCACAACAACAAUCCAAUAAGCCAGAUAGAAAUCAGAACAAUCGAGGCGGAAAAGGUCAAACAGCAACCAAAGGCCCAACUGCAGAGAAAGGUGCACAAGAGGAUGCAAUGGAAAUGGACAAAGCUCCGCUCUUGCAAGGUAGGACAACGUAUCCUGCCGAAUCACCUGUCCCUAUCACUGCUAAGCGUACAUUUACCGAUUUCAAUAUUCAUUCGAUCGAAAUCGAUCCUCUUCAAUGGAUAUGGCAGCGUGAAGAUGAAGUGGAAGAGGCGGAAGAUGCUGUCGAUGACGACAAAAACUCAAAUGCAACAGAUGCUCAAGAGCAGAAGAAAUCAAAACGUUCUGGUCGUAGACGUAGCGAUGUCAAAAGAGAGUUUUAUCGACUUCGAAUCGCCUUUCAGUCGAAUGCGCCACCUGCUGGAGCGCCCACUGGGCCGAAAGCAUUGACGAAUGGCGGAAAUGAAGUAAAUACACAAACACCCGAAGAACACGACGAUGGGAAUACCGAAAACGAUUUGACGAAAGAUGUGAAAGUUGAAGGCAAAGAGGUGGCCGAAAACGGCAAGUCCGGUAAAGCUGAUUGGACACCGUUCUCGCGUACACCUCCUCAACUUUCGUCCAAUCGAAUCACUUUAUCAUAUGCUUCAGCAAAGCGUAGAUUAACGAUUGAUUCAAAUGUGAUCAAAUUGAUCGAAAUCAAUCGAGCUCAAGGAACAGUCCGGAUCGUAGUCGACAUUACAACGUCAGAAGACUCAAAUAAAACGAACGAAAACCAGCAAACGGAUGGCGACAAACCGAAAGCGGAAGAAUGGGUGAUCGCAAAAGGUGUCUCGCUUGAAGCACGCAAUGACGAUCAAGGUCCGUACUUUCAUGUCUCCCGACGGGAGCUGGAAGCAUGCUGGCGAGACAGACGGGGCUCAUCGGGAGAAGAAGAGGAAGGUAAGCAGGUGGAUGAGACAUUAGCGGAUGAAGACAAAGAGAAAGCCGGCGAUGAAGAAGAGUCAUCAGUAAAAGCGGAAGAAAGCGCCAAGAAAGAAGAGGAGGGUGAGAAGGACGGAGCAAAGGAGAAGCCGAGUCAGUCAGUUCUGACUGAUUUCGAAAGUCUUCCACCGCUCUUCCGUUUGUUAGGGUCACACGAUGGCCCAAAAGAUGAAGCAGAUGAAGCGACAAUUCAGAACAUAAGAAGUGCUGGAGAAAUGACAAUUUUGGUCACUUUGAGCGAUUCAACUGCCAAAGAGGCAAAAUGGAUUCGUACCGGUAACCUAAGCGAAUGGCUUAGCAUUUUGCCCGGAAUGCAAUCUUCCAUUUCCACAGAACCGAUGAGUUCAUGGAUCGGAAAGAUGUACGUUGUUGAUCCUGAUCCACCUCCUACACUUACGGACGUGUACGAUGAAUGGGUUAAAAAGUCUUUUAUUGCAACUGCAUUGCAAAGAAGAAGCUUUUUGCAGGAUUACAAUUUGGAUGCUGGCUCAGGAUUGAACGAAUUAAUUGCGCGAAUCGUAAACGUUCAACAAUCUGAUCGAAACCCAAACAGUAUCAAUACGCCAACAGAAAAAGAAUUGGCAGAACCUUUGAUGGAAGCUGUGAAAGAGACUCAGUUCGAUUCGCAUCAUUCACAUUCCAGUUUGCUCGUUUGGACUUUGACUCGGAUGCUUUUGCAAUCUUCUACUUUGCAACACGAAGAAGAUGGAGGGGAGAAUAAAGAAGUUGAAACGUUGAACAGGAUUCGAGAUUUGAUUCUCAGUAUUCCGAUGCAUAUCCUUUUUCGUGCUUUGGAUGGUCUUUGCAAGGAGGCAAUUGACAAACAAAGAUUGCAAAGUACACUUUCACGUCGAAACAAGCAACAACAACAACAACAACAAAAUCAGAAUUUGAAUAGUCCUUCGUUAUCUAAAGGAACACAUGUUGGCGUUUCAACAAAUGGUGAUAAUACUGCUAGUAUUGAGCCAUCAAGUCGAUCUACUUCCGUUCAGCCAGUCGAAAACGGUUCAAAGGCUGUAGAAGCGGCAGCAGAACAAGAACCGAUGCCUGCCGAUGAGAGCACAUCUGUUGUGAAAGAAGAAGUCUCUGUCUCGGACAAUGCCAUCGAAAAAGAUGAAGCAACGAUGGCAGCAGAUACCACGACAGAGGCAGCAUCUUCCGCGUCAUAA